UUCUCAGUUUCAAAUAUGGCCAAGGUAUAAAUGGCAUUGACGUGAGUGCAGUAGCUUCUAAAAACAGACGUGACACCAGCAGCAAGAGAGAGACGCACACAAAAAAGCCGCCGGGGCCUAGUCCUUUCGGGCCUCGUGUUGUUUUCCUAACACGCUGUUUUCCUGACGUCUUGUUUUUGGCCUAGGAGUGAUAUCAACGCCAUGGAGAACCUGGAGAAGCAGCUCAUUUGCCCCAUAUGCCUGGAGAUGUUUACAAAACCCGUGGUCAUCCUGCCCUGCCAGCACAACCUCUGCAGGAAAUGUGCCAACGAUGUCUUCCAGGCCUCCAACCCGUACCUUCCGACCAGCCGCAGCGGCUCGUUAGCAUCUGGCGGCCGCUUUAAAUGCCCGUCAUGUAGGCACGAGGUCAUCCUGGACCGCCACGGUGUCUACGGGUUGCAGCGGAACUUGCUGGUAGAGAACAUCAUCGACAUGUUCAAGCAGGAGUCAGGCAGUGGCAGCACGCCAGCGCCCCAGCAUAAGGAGGCGGCAGCGCCUAUGUGCGACGUCCAUAAAGAGGAGAAGAUCAACAUCUAUUGCGUGACCCACAAUGUGCCCACGUGCUCAAUGUGUAAGGUGUUCGGGGUGCACAAGGACUGCGAAGUGCAGCCCAUCAACAGCAUCUAUCAGACAAAAAAGACCGAGCUAAACGACGGUAUCGCCAUGAUGCUAGGCAACAACGACAGGUUGCAAGGCAUCAUCAGUCAACUGGAGGAGGCCUGUCGCGCCAUAGAGGAGAAUAGUCGGCGUCAGAAGAAUCUCGUGUGUGAGAAGUUCGACCUGCUAUACACCAUCCUUGAGGACAAGAAGCGCGACAUGAGCGUUAAAGUGACGGCAGAGCAGGAAGAGAAGGUCAGCUACAUCCGGGGCUUGACCAGAAAGUACGGAGACCACUUGGAGGAGAGCUGCAAGAUCGUGGAGAAGGGGCUGGAGAUCAUGGAGGAGCAAGAAAUGGCUGUCUUCCUGCAGAAUACAAAGCCUCUCCUCAAACAACUAGCAGAAGCUUGCAGUACAUCCCACCUGGACAAAGUCGAGCGAGGUUACGAGAACAUGGAUCACUUCACGGCCGACUUCCGGCGAGAGCGCAAGGUCCUGGGCAGCAUCGACUUCCUCCAAGAAGAAGACGAUGACGAUGAUGAGGACGAGGAUGUACCAGCGCCAGGAGCGGCACAAGUAGAAGCGGCGCCGAUUGUCGCAACAGCCACAAGCGGCGGCUCUUCCGUUCCUCCGCCUGCUGCAGCAACCGCACCAACGAAUCCCAUAUCCGCCGCGGCUAAGAGCGUAGCGUCCAUCUGAAGUGUUCCUCCAAGUCAGUCAGGAUUCUUUUGGGAGAAAAAAUGACAAAGGUUAACCUCGAAGACAGCACAUCGACUGAACUUUGACCUCCGCUGUGUUUUCUCCACGUCUUUCUUGUGAUUGUGGAUGUGUUAUUCAUGUUUUUACUACUUAAACACAAAAUACCCUUAGAAAAUACGCAACUUGUCCUUUUUUAAAAACUAACUUUAUAAGUAGACGUUACUAACAAGCCCUGUGACGUUCGAGUUAUUUCUUAUCACACUCAAAGUUAUUAAAAAGGAAUUGUGAAAGCACCUCUGGGUCAUUUCUAGAUGCACAGUCCUUCAGAUCUACGUUAUGGUGGUGCCUUGAAAUACAAGUUCAACUCAAAACUUAAAUUUCGGAACUUCCUUCCCCUAUAAAGUAAUGCGAAAUUAGUAUGGACCAAUAGUGAUACUCGUAUUGGUGUCAGGACCGAUACUGCACUAAAAUUACAUCAUCGAGGAGUACUAAGAAAUAUUCUGCGUGAUAUAUCAUUUUCGAGAUCUAGUUGCCCUACUCAAGAUGACCACCAGCCCUGCUACUUCAAAUAGAUUGGAUGUCUAGCGCCAUCAAUAGCAGAUGCUUUGUCGCUAAUAAAAUAAUCCUUUGAAAAUUGGUUGAGAAAAAUAAGAUUGAUUAAAUUUGAAUGCCAAUAUAUUAUUGAUGAGAAUGUCAACCCUACCAACAUGGCCGCGCUAAGGCCAUUUUGGGAGGGGCGAUGAAAGGUCAUAUUUCUGCCAUGAAUUGAAAUGAGCUUAUCAUAAAUAAAUGUCUUAUCCAUUUGGAGUGGGAGGGUGGCACCGAAUGAACUUGUGCUCAAUUGACCUCAAACCUGCAUUAGGGGAUACUUAUGACAUGUGUUCAGUUGCCGAAUGAAAAAUAUCGAGGAUUUGUUGCUGCAGAGGGGUCCAAACAUGAACGUGAAAAUUACUGUCACUAAUUUGUCUCACCACAAAAUUUGAGCAGUCAAAACCUGACAAACUUACAACAUAUCUGCGGCAACUUCCCGUGUUUGAUGAGCGUCAUACCCUGUCGGGUCCUGUAGGGAUCAUUUGCAUCAACCCUAC